CUGAUAAACACGCUCCUUUUGUGGCCCGCAUUUCGCAAGCCAGUCCGGGCUGUAUGCAGGCCACACCAAUCCAGAUAACCAGAUUGAGAAAGGUUAAGCUGGAGGUAUAGAGCCGCUGAUAUUGAUAUUACAUAAUACACAGAGCAUUAAGAUCAAAUAGAACAGCUCGAAGAGGCAUAUAAAAUAUAGUUAAUGACUAAUGUCCAGUUUUAAUAAUCGUAAUCCGUUUGAUCAGUAUAGAGCUGGCACAUCAUCGACAUCCAAGUCCAAUGGCAAUAGUACCUAUAAUAAUAACUUGUAUGAUAAUGAAGGAACUACCGAUAGUAAUAAUGAGACAUUUCUCUCGAGAAUCUUUGGAUUGAACUCUAUCUAUAAUCAGUUGAAUGAGAAUUAUGAAUAUUACGAUCCUCAAUUCGAUAGUGAGUAUAGUCAACAGAACCAAGUGGCGAUGAGUAUGAUAAAUCAAGAUCAACACCUGGAUGAUGAACAUAUGGGGAUGAUAGAAGAAGAGGAUGAGGAGGAUGAACUCUUACGACCUCAAACUACCACCAGCACCAAUAAUAACAUUACCAAUAUCGACAUAGAGAAUAAUCCAUUAACAUCUUCAUUUCAUAAGAAUAGUCUAUUGAAUUCAGACAAUGAGUCAGUUCUGGACUUAUAUUCAUCACGGUCAGCAUCUCCUGAACCAACUUUGGCAGUCCAAAAGGUUCCAGACAUUGAAGUUGAGGAUAAUUAUACCAAUAGAAAAGUUCAAUCUCCAACUAUACCUACUACAAAUGGAGAUGUCAAACCGGUAUCGAAGAAGCUCAGUUUCAAUAUAUCCAAGCCCAAUAACCUCUUUCGAUUCAAUAACAAUAAGGCUGAAUUGCCCUUAUAUAAUGAAUACACUCCCAACAUCAAACCUCCACCAACUAGAACUCAACAGCAAUUCCGGAAACCCGCUAAAAAUGAACCACAAACUGAAAUAUCUAACAAUUAUCAACGGUCAAGUACGGCGUCUCCUCGAUUUAUAAUUCCUCCUAAAGAACGAGCUCUUUGGCUUUGGGCCAAUAUCAUCAAUAUGGAUGAUUUCUUGAAUGAUAUGUACUAUUAUUAUCGAGGUAAAGGUCUAUUGAAUAUUGUAUUAUCUAAGCUUGUGGAUUUAGCAAUACUUGUAUUCAUACUAUUUUUCACAGUCUUUUUAAAAUGGGGGAUAAGGUAUAGUUAUUUCUUUAGUCAUUUCAAUGAUCGAUUACCCCAUUUAACUCUUGGAGAUCUCAUAAUCGAGAAUUUCUUUUGGUCAAAUGUCCCAUUUAUAAUUAAAUUCUUUCUUUUAGGAUUUACUGGCUAUAUCAUACUCCGAUUGGUUCAAUUAUAUUUCGAUUACAAGAAUAAAUUAAAGGGGAUCCAGACAUUUUACAAAUAUUUAAUUAAUAUAAAGAAUGAUGAUGAAUUAAUGACUAUUAGUUGGAAAACUAUUGUUGAAAGAUUAAUGCUUUUAAAGGAUUAUAAUAGUUUAACAUCGACUAGUAAUAAUAAUAUGAAUGGAUCUCAACAUUUUAUUAAUGAUUUAAAUUCCAAAGUUCGAUUAAAUGCUCAUGAUAUAGCCAAUAGAAUCAUGAGAAAGGAGAAUUAUAUGAUUGCAUUAAUUAAUAAAGAUGUCCUUGAUUUAUCAGUGGAUUUUAAAGUGUUUGGUUAUCAAUUAAUUACUAAUAAAUCCGUACUUACUAAAACUUUAGAAUGGAAUUUAAAACUUUGUAUUAAUGAUUUUAUAUUCAAUAAUGAAGGACAAGUUAAUCUGAAGAUUUUAAAGGAUUCUAAUAGAAAUCAAUUGGCUAAAGAAUUAACAUCAAGAAUUAAACGGGCAGCUAUUAUUAAUGUCAUUCUAUGUCCAUUCAUGGUUAUUUAUUUUGUAUUAUUAUAUUUCUUUCGAUACUUUAAUGAGUAUAAAUCAAAUCCUUCAUCUAUUGUUGGAUUAAGAGAGUAUACUCCAUAUGCUGAAUGGAAAUUACGAGAAUUUAAUGAAUUAUCUCACUUUUUCAAUAGAAGAUUACAAUUAUCUAUGGGUCCAGCCAAUACUUAUAUUAAUCAAUUUCCUCGAGGAUUUCUAAUUAUAAAUGUAUUGAAUUUAAUUAAUUUUAUUCUGGGUUCAAUCUUAGCGGUAUUAGUUAUAAUGGGAUUAUUAUUAGAAGAUGAUAAUCGAAGUUUCUGGACAUUUGAAAUCACCGAGGGUAAAUCUGCUUUAUUCUAUAUAAGUUUAUUUGGUACAUUAUUUGCUAUAACUCUGACAUCUAAUAAUCAAUCCAAUAAUAAUAGUACUAAUGAAUUAAAUACGUUUGUUUAUGAUCCAGAGGCCAGUUUAAGAUACGUAUCACAAUUCACUCAUUAUUUACCCACCAGUUGGAGGAAAAGAUUACAUACUAUUGAAGUUAAGAAUGAGUUUUGUGAUUUAUUCAGUUUAAAGAUUGUCAUUAUCUUGAAUGAAAUUCUUAGUGUUAUUUUAACUCCAUUCUUAUUAUGGUUUAAAGUACUGAAUAGUUCAGGAGCUAUCAUAGAUUUCUUUAGAGAAUAUAGUGUUCAUGUAGAUGGAUUAGGAUAUGUUUGUUCGUUUGCUAUGUUUAAUUUUGAAGAGAAGGAUAAGAAUAUGAUGGUUGAUUUGAAUAAUAAGAAGAAAGUUCACAGGGCCAGAAGAAGAAAGAUUGCCAAGACAAGUACUAAGAAAUCACCUAUAACUUCUACUGGAGGUGAAGUAGAAUUAAACAAUAUUAUUAAAUCUAAAAAGAAAGUUAAGGGAAGCCCAAAUUCUGACUAUGAAAAUGAUACUUUUGAUGAAACUGACGAUGAAGACGAUUAUAAUGAUAUGAAUGUUGAUUAUAACCAGAAUGAGAAAAUGUUUAAAUCAUACAUGUACUUUUUAGAAAGUUACGGUGGAGCUAAUCCCAAUGCAUCUGGUAAAUCUGGUUCAAACCAGACAGUCAAUGGUAGUGCUAUGCCCCCCAAUGUCCAUUCACAAGCUCAGCCUAUACCAACUAAUAAUAGGAGCCAUAAUAUAGCUAACAAUAACAAUAACAUUAAUGUUAAUGUUAACUCCAAUAACCCAACCAACCGGUCCAUAAUGAACCAAUCCAUAAAUGAACCAUCUCCAUCAAUGCUAAUCCAAUCGACUAUGUCUACUCAAACAGGAUUAUCUGGUCAUGGAGAUCACAGUUUAGCCGAGUUUUAUAAUGUCAAUUAUAAAUUCGAUGAAGAAGAGAAUGCUAAGGAAUCCAAGAAUGAUAGAGGAGGUUUCUUAGGGAUAAUCAAUCAGGUAUAUAAACAAGAUUUUGAUCGUUAAGUAUUAAAUAUACAUAUACAUAGGGUAAAUAAAGUAAUACUACUAGUAGUUGUUAGUUGUUGUAUAUGUAGUAGUGUGUAUGUAUGUAAUAGUUAACGCCGCACGCCGCACGCCGCACGAUGCUGUAUCCGAUAAUUUUUUUUUAUUCUUAAUAUAAUUUUUUUU